AUGCAAAUCUCUCAACCAAAUAACACUUCGUAUUCCAAUGUUUUCAUUGUUGGUUCUACUGGUACUGUCGGUCAGCAUGUUACAAGAGCCUUCUUGAUGGAUCAUCCUCAUGUGCAUGUUCAAAUUCUUGUCCGAGAGGAAAGUCAAGACAAGGUUCAAGAAUUUCAACAAUUAGGAGCUCGAAUUGUUGUUGGAGAUCUUCAAACCAUUUCCGAACAGGAGCUUGUCCAAUUGUUACAAGGUGUCGAUGUCGUGGUGAGUACUGUCUCUGGAACCUUGCAAGUCACUUGGGAUGGUCAAUUGAAACUGCUGAACGCAUCGCUCAAAGCAAAAGUUAAGAAAUGUAUUCCUUCCAGUUUUGGAGCAAAUUAUGAAAAGUUGGAAUAUUUAUAUGGAGAACUCAUUCUCAAUAAUCCAAAGAAGCAAAUUUCAGAAGCUCUUGUUAAGAGUGGAUUGGAAUAUGUUCUCAUUCAUACUGGUUUCUUUUAUCCCUACGCUGCAAUGCCUGGCUUCUUAUUGGAUUACGAUCCUGAUAAUCAUUUAGUUCGUUAUGUUCACGACAUGAAUACCCGAAUUCAAAUGAUUGAUUUGGAAGAUGCUGGAAGAAUGACUGCUGAAGCUGCACUCAGAAAGGACAUUAAGAAUCGAAGUGUAAUCAUUAAGGGAGAUGAUCUCACGAUUCAAGAGCAAGCACAGCAAGUGUUUGGAUCUGAUGUAAAAUUCCAACAAGGAUCUACUCUUUCCGAACUCAAGAUCAAAUUGAUCAAUGGAAGAGUUUAG